AUGAAGUGGGGUAGCCAAAAAGCCGUACCCGGGUGCGCGCUGGGUACUGAGACCGUCCGCGUACUGGUCGGCCCCGACCAGCGCGAGUUUAACCUCCACAAGAUGCCCCUCUGUGCCGCCAGCGCCUACUUCCGGGACCGCCUGGAAGCGACGCCAGCGGACCUGUUCUCGCCGCCGGCGGCCAGCGGCCCGGGCUCUACCGGCGCGGUGGUCUCGCUGCCGGCCGAGUCCCCCCAGAUGUUCGAGCUCUUCGUGCUCUGGCUCUACCAGCGGCGCGCCUUCAAGGCCUUCGUCGACGCCGCCGUGUCGAGCGCCACCCUCGGCGCCUCCUUCCGCGAGUUCCCGAACCUGCGCAACGACGCCUGCCGCCGCGCCCUGCACUGGAACCUCGUCCGCCUGCACCUCUUCGCCGCCGCCGCCGACCUGCCCGCUCUCCAGGACGCCGCCAUGGACGCGCUCCAGGACCUCUACCUGCGCUGCGACUGGGAGGUGUCGCCGCAGUUCGUCCACUUCCUUUACGCCGACUGCGAGCCGGGCCGGGCCGUCCGCCUGCGCAAGUGGGCCGUCGCCAUGGUGGCCUGGGCCACGUGCGGCGGCGAGGCGGCGGGUCCGUCGUCGAUCUCGUCCACCGCGGCCGGCCGGCGCUUCCAGGCCCUCUUCGACGCGCACCCGGCCCUGUGGCAGGACUACGCCAAGCACCUCGACAAGAUGGCCGAGAGCCGCGCCGACGUGCGCGUCAAGAACCCGCAGCUGCGCCUGCCCGGGAACCGCCUGCGGAGCGAGGAGCGGUUUCUCGGCUUCCGCACCUGCUCCUUCCACAGCCACCGCUCCACCGCCGGCGAGGGGCCCUGCCCACUCGCCGUCCGCCCAUUCCGGCAGAACACCCGCAAGUCGCCCUGGAGGCGCGCCACCGCCACCGGGGAUGGGGACGGUGACGGGGACGGUGACGGGAUGGAGUCCGACGACUCCGAGGAGGCCCAGGAGGGCAAUAUCCUCUCGGCCGUUUCCUGCUCUAGGUGGGCCACGUACCUGGACGACCCAUGA